CGGGAGAUUCGCAACUUGCCAUAAUAAAUUCACGAGUGUGGAGUGCAGUGACGUGAUUUUAAAAACGGAAUUAUAAUGUUGUGAUAAGUGCUCACGGUGCGUCACUUAAUGCAUAAAUGAAUUAAAUAAUGUAAGGCGUUACGCGCUGGCGCCUGUGAUGUGUCCACUAAUAUGCUGUGGAGUCACCUCAACCUUGUCUGUCUAGCGUUAUGCUGCUUCCAUACCACAUCAGAACCGCAUAUCGGGAAUCACGUCAGGACACGUCGAAGCGAUGAGCGGGACGGUCUCGCACUAUCCAGAGAGAUAUUCAGGAAUAUUACUAAGAAACUACGGCAGAGCAUACGAGAAGGCCCGACUGACAACGAUCAUUUACUACAGGGUAAGGCGGAGGAGUCCCGACAGUAUGCUCCGUAUCAAGAGUUGCAUCAUCACGAGCGACACUGGGGACCAUACUUUGAAGAGAAAAACGUCACUCAAGUGACGGCACAUGUCGGGGCGGAGGCUCUGCUUAACUGUAGGGUUGUCAUGCUCAAAGAUAAAACUGUGAUGUGGCUACGUCAUGCCACUGAAACAGCACAACUUCUGACCGUGGGACCAGCGCCAUAUGCCGGCGAUAAUAGGGUAGCAUCUAAAUAUCAAUAUCCAAAUAAUUGGAGGCUUAGCAUCAACCCUGUAAAGUGGUCUGACGCAGGCCGAUACAUGUGCCAAAUAUCGACUCAUCCACCAAGGACCAUAUAUACUGAUCUUUCAGUAUUACCUCCAGUUCUAACCAUCAAUGGGGACUCAACACACGACGUCAAAGACAAAUUCUAUAAAGCCGGUAGUUCGAUUAAAUUAUCAUGCGUUAUAUCAGACGAAUAUGUACCGACAUUAUCGACUAAAGUGCCAAUGUUUAUAACCACUGCUAAACCCACAACCAUUCAAGCGACCACAGAGUUAACGACAAAAAUGAGCACAAUACUAAAUAGAUUAGAUUUAAUGUUAAACAAAAGUUGGAGCGUUGAAACUACAACAUUGACUUCAACAGUUAGCUUAAGUACUACAACUAUGAAGAAUGAAAUAACAACGCAGGCGAUGCAACCAGUGACUAGGCCGGUAUUAAAUAAUAUUUACGGCUUAGUCUGGAGGAAGCAGGGAAAAGAUAUAGAAAAAUUGAUCACGUGGCGUAAUAUGAGUGCUACAUUCAGCGUAUCUUCAGCGUCCCAAAAUGACAGUGGAUUGUACAGUUGUCAUUUGUUAAACCAUUCUCAAGUUAUAAUUAAUGUACACGUUCUUAGCGGUGAAAACCAAGCAGCGGUACAUCACGACACCUGGAAUAAAGGUUCCCUAUUCUGGCAGCCACAAAUCCUUAAUCUCCUAACCAUACCUAUGUUACCUUUUUUAUUUAAUUUGGGUAAUUAGAUAAAUUAAUUGGAAUCCGUUACAUGUAGGAUAAAAUACGCUUUACAUUUCCUUAAAGACUCGUUUAGGUCUAUCGAUGGCUUUACAAUUUAAUAAUGUCACGUUUAUCCUUCUAAUAUUUUUAAUUUAUGUUAGUUUUAAUGUUUUUAAACCUAUUAUCGAUUAAUAAGAUUUUAUAUCUUAUAAGAGGACCUUCUCAUUGGGCCUCAUCGAUCUCAAUUUGGGAAUCUCUUUUUAAUUCGCUCCAUGCCUUUGUAUAUAAAAUAUUAAUUGGGGGUGUAUAUGCAAUUUAAAAAUAUAAGCACCUGAAAAUAUUUUUUUAAUGCAAUAAUAAAUAAUAGUGAAAUGUUUUACUUAUAUCCGUUUUCAUAUUCCUAGUCUACUUACCAAAUAAGAUACCUAAUCAUUUAAACUAUUAAUGAGUAAUCAAUCUAAAGCUCUCGUAUAUCCAAAACUGAGGUCGUGUGUAUUUGUCUUUCAUAGAAUGUCGAAUGUCGGUUUUUCCUAUAGAAAAAUCUACUACGUACUAAUGUCACAAUUGUAUAAAGUAAUCGGGCGAAUUGAAUCUGUUUAAUAUGACCAAUUUAUCGGUUUUUGAAUUUGGAGCUGUACACUAACUUAAUGUUAAGAAAAGUACAUUGUAUAUAAUAAUCAUUAGGUUUAAAUACUUAUAUAUCAAUUAGAUGAAACAUUAAAAGCAUUACAAGCGACAAGUAUUUUAUGUAAAUAUUACAAUGUUAAGUUUUACAUGGCAAUUGUUUACAGCAAAGCUGAUAUGUUUUUAUUUAUACAUUGUUUUGUUACA